UUCUAGACGCUGGCGGUCGUUGAGUGAGUUUGCAGUUACAGGAGGAGGAGAAGAAGAAGGUGUUGGUGGAGGAGGAGGAGAAGAAGAAGAAGAAGAAGGUGGUGGUGGUGGUGGUGGAGGUACGGAUCCAGCUGGCAUCGCCUUCUUCAGGCUAGGAUUAUCACAGCGCUAGUGUUCUCCUCAGGUGGAUGUAAGCGCGUCUAGCGGGCCUGUCAGCUCGGGAAAACAGCGCUAAGCUCGGCUUUGGAGGAACAUCAGCAGCCAUGGCGUUAAAGAUCGUAAAAGGAAGCAUCGAUCGGAUGUUUGAUAAAAACCUUCAGGAUUUAGUACGUGGCAUUAGGAACCACAAGGAGGAUGAGGCCAAAUACAUCUCCACAUGCAUCGACGAGAUCAAGCAGGAACUCAAACAGGACAACAUCGCUGUCAAAGCCAAUGCAGUGUGCAAGCUCACCUAUUUGCAGAUGCUUGGAUAUGAUGUCAGCUGGGCUGCGUUCAACAUCGUUGAGGUGAUGAGCUCUUCUAAGUUCACCUUUAAGCGAAUCGGAUACCUGGCAGCCUCACAGUGCUUUCAUGAAGGCACUGAUGUCAUCAUGCUGACAACCAAUCAGAUUCGCAAGGAUCUCAGCAGUCCUAAUCAGUACGACACUGGCGUGGCUCUGACCGGCCUCUCCUGCUUUGUGACCCCUGACCUGGCCCGUGACCUGGCAAACGACAUUAUGACUUUGAUGUCCCACACGAAGCCGUACAUCAGGAAGAAGGCUGUGCUCAUCAUGUAUAAAGUGUUCCUGAAGUACCCCGAGUCCCUGCGUCCUGCCUUCCCCCGUCUGAAAGAGAAACUGGAGGACCCUGACCCAGGUGUGCAGUCAGCAGCAGUUAACGUCAUCUGUGAGCUGGCCAGAAGAAACCCGAAGAACUACCUGUCCCUCGCCCCCCUUUUCUUCAAGCUUAUGACUUCCUCCACCAACAACUGGGUCCUCAUCAAGAUAAUCAAACUGUUUGGUGCCCUCACCCCUCUGGAGCCUCGUCUCGGGAAGAAGCUGAUUGAGCCCUUAACUAACCUCAUCCACAGUACCUCGGCCAUGUCACUGCUGUAUGAAUGUGUGAACACAGUGAUCGCAGUGUUGAUUUCUCUCUCCUCUGGGAUGCCCAACCACAGUGCUAGCAUUCAGCUCUGUGUGCAGAAACUGCGAAUCCUGAUCGAAGACUCGGACCAGAACUUGAAGUACUUGGGUCUCCUGGCCAUGUCCAAGAUCCUUAAGACGCACCCGAAGUCAGUGCAGUCACACAAAGACCUGAUCCUGCAGUGCCUGGAUGACAAGGACGAGUCCAUCCGACUGAGGGCUCUGGAUCUUCUAUAUGGCAUGGUCUCUAAGAAGAACCUGAUGGAGAUUGUGAAGAAGCUAAUGUUGCACGUCGAUAAGGCUGAAGGCACCACAUACAGGGACGAGCUGCUUACCAAGAUUAUUGACAUUUGCAGCCAGAGCAACUACCAGUACAUCACUAACUUUGAGUGGUACAUUAGCAUUCUGGUGGAACUAACGCGGCUCGAAGGCACCCGGCAUGGUCAUAUCAUCGCCUCCCAGAUGCUGGACGUGGCCAUCCGUGUGAAGGCCAUCCGAGCGUUCGCCGUGGCUCAGAUGGCCACGCUGUUAGACAACGCGCACCUGCUGACAGGCAACACGCAACGCAACGGCAUCUGCGAGGUCCUCUAUGCCGCCGCGUGGAUCUGUGGGGAAUUCUCAGAGCACUUGGAGGACCCCAUGCAGACUCUGGAGGCCAUGUUGCGCCCCAAAGUGGCAACCCUGCCAGGCCACAUCCAGGCCGUGUAUGUGCAGAAUGCUGCGAAACUUUUUGCGACGUUGCUGCAAAAACACGAGGGGACAGAAGACAGCCAGGUUGCUCAGGAGGCCAGCCAACUGCUCAUAGAGAGACUGCCUCUAUUCGUCCAGAGCGCUAAUCUGGAAGUGCAGGAGAGGGCGUCCUGCAUUCUACAGCUGGUGAAAUACAUCCAGAAGCUGCAGCAGAAGGAUGUGGAAGUAGCUGAGGAAGUAUCUGCACUGUUUGCAGGAGAACUCAACCCUGUAGCUCCUAAAGCUCAGAAGAAAGUGCCUGUGCCUGAAGGACUGGAUCUGGAUGCCUGGAUCAAUGAACCUCCAUCUGAGAGCGAGUCUGAGGAUGAGAAGCCCAAGUCUAUCUUUGCUAAAGAGGAGCCCAAGCACUCUCGACCUCGCCAUACCGAAGUGGAUGAGAAGGAGCUUGCAAGGAGACGGGAAGUUCGGAAGCAGGAACAAGCCAACAACCCCUUCUACAUUAAAUCUCCCUCUGCUCAGAAGGUGUAUCAGGACAUGCCAGGUGUUGAGCACAUUCCAGUGGUACAGAUCGACCUCAGCGUGCCACUCAAAGUCCCGGGGAUGCCCAUGUCGGACCAGUACCUGAAGCUGGAGGAGGAGCGUCGGCUGAAGGAAAAGGUGGAUAAGAAGAAGAGGGAGAAAAAGAAGAAGAAAGAGAAGCGUGGGAAGGGGAAGAGAGCUGACUCAGGCCCCGAGAGUGAAGAAGAUAUCACACCUGCUCAGCAGGUGGACAUCAUGACUGAAGAGAUGCCGGAGAACGCCUUACCGAGUGACGAUGAUGACAAAGACCCUAAUGAUCCACACAAAGCCCUGGACAUUGACUUGGACAAGCCCCUGGCUGAUACUGAGAAGCUGCCAGUGAGGACACACCGCCCUGAGUUCGUUAAGAGCCCUGGGACAGAUGAGGAUGGAGAGAGCAUCCGACAGGAGUAUAAGAAGAGGAGCAGCAAGGAAAAGAAAGAGAAGAAGAAGGACAAGGAUAAGGAGAGAAAGAAGAGCAAAGAGGAGGAGAAGAAGAAAAAGAAGAAGAAACGCAGAAAUGAUGUCGAGGAAGAGCCACUGGAGGCUCACUCAGAAAAUCCAGUGCAAUCAGAAGAGACCAGUGUGGCGGUGACUCCACCCGCCUCAGCGUCUGCCGAGGCCUCCGAUUUGGAUUUCUGGCUCUCUAGUGCUCCUGUUCCCCCAACUGCCAAGGAGGCAACUGUUCCAACACCUGCUGCAGCCCCUGAGACCACCGUCACCGCAGCCCCAGAUUCUGAAUCGGAUGAGCCCAAAGAUGAAGAACCCGAAGAGAAGUCGUCCAAACAUAAGAAGAAAAAGGUGAAGAAAGAGAAGGAGGAGAAGAAGAAGAAAAAGAGGCAUCACCAUCACCACCAUCACCACCACAGUGAAGGAGACGGGAGAGAUUCUGUACAGAACGGCACCAUGGAGGAGGAGGAGGAGGAGGAGCCUCUACCGCCCAUGUCCAACUACUGUCUCCUGGCUGAAAACACUUACAUCAAAAUGGUGUACGAUAUUCAGGGGAAUUUGCAGGAUGGCAGUCAGGUCGUGGUGUCCAUCAUCUUUGAGAAUAAGAGCAACAGUUUCCUGAAGUCCAUGGAAUUUAACGUUUUGGACUCCCUCAACUCCAAACUGCAGCGGCCCGAUGAUGCCGGACCACAUGAUGGGCUCGUCGUACCCUUCCAGUUGCCACCAGGGGUAUCAAACGAGGCUCGCUUCGUGUUCUCCGUGCAGAGCAUCAUCAUGCCUCAGAAACUGAAAGGAACCCUGACCUUCAUAGUGAAGUCAGAGGAUUCCUCCACUCAUGAGAAACUGGACUUCAAACUGCACUUUACCUGCACAUCAUACCUAAUCACAACUCCAUGCUACAGUGAUGCGUACGCCAAGCUGCUGGAGUCCGGGGACCUACAUAGCAGCUCUCUGAAGCUGGAGGGAGUCAACAUGCCUUUCCAUCACCUGUUGGCUAGAAUUUGCUUCCAUCACCACUUCUCUGUUGUGGAGAGGAUCGAUUCCUGUGCCUCCAUGUAUAGCAGGUCAAUCCAGGGUCACCAUGUCUGUUUGCUGGUCAAGUCCGCUGAUCAGACGGUGUCCAUCGACGCUAAAUGUGAUGAGUCAUCACUGCUGGGGAACGUGCUGGAAGAGAUAAAGCAGACCUUCUCGCAAUGCUGAUUGCGCCCGAGAGACAGACGGUGCCCGUGUACCUCCUUCUCCCUCACCGUCUCCCCGACCCAGACACUCAGAAUCAUAUCACAAACACUGAGGCCCCAUUUCUUCCCUUUUCUCCUUAUAAACCUGUAUAUUUAUUGGAACUCUCGAUUCGACUUUCUCAUUUUCCCCCCUCAUCCCCAUCCCCUGUGUGUGUGUGUGUGUGUGUGUGUGUGUGUGUGUGUGUGUGUGUGUGUGUGUGUGUGUGUGUGUGUGUGUGUGUUCAUCUCACUAACCACCGCCCACCUCGUUCUUCUCCCUCAUUGUCUUAACACAGUUUAUUAACUCGAUUUAUUUGUUCAAUGUGGUUGUUUUUCAUUUUUUUUUCGUUUGUUGCCUUCCUUCUUUUCCAGUGUUUUUACUGAGUCUGUUUAAUCUGUCUAUUAAACUUGCUCAGCAUCUGUUUCUUUUCUCUCUCUCUCUCUCUCUCUCUCUCUCUCUCUCCCUCUCCUGUGUGUGUGUCUUUCGUUUUUUGUUUGUUUUUUCUUCUUCCCCAAAUCAAGCCUGAAGCCCCACCCACAAUUUAUCCCAGCUGUCAAUCAAACAAUUGUUUUGUUUACCUUUUGCUGUUUCCCCUGUAACUGUAUUACACAGUUCCAAGUGUCACCUAGUGCUUUAUUUUUUUUUAUUUGAAAGUUCUACUACGGACCAGGUUUUUAUUCAGACUUGUUCCCAAAAAAGAAAGAAAUAACGUUCCAGUCCAGUGUGAGGGUUUUUUUUUUUUUUUUUUUUUUAAAUCAGUUGACUGAUACAGAUGUUGAUUUUCUUCCGUCUUCACGCUGACUAAAUAAAUCAAUCCCCACACUUUUACUCUAAACCUUCGUGCACGUAGCUUUUAACGAGUUCCCUACACACUACAGGAAGCGGUGAGGGUUUGAUUAAGGAAACACGCGUGUAAUUAGCGCACGGGAGGAUGAAGUUCGAGGAUCAUUAACUCGUGAUUCGCUUCUGAUUAACAAAAGAAUCCGUAUCGUCUUUUUCCCAAUAGAUUAUAAAGAACUUCUCGAACAGAUCAGUGAACAGAAACCAAAAGUAUCAGAUCAGAAUCCUUUCUUCAGUCAGUAUUGUACUUGGUGGUUCCUUGUAUCUCUCUUUCUCUCGCUCCUCCACGUGUCCUCGACGUCACUCCCGUCGGCGUCACUACUGUAACCACGUGUGAACCAGACGAUCAGAUUUGUGCUGAAUCCGCCGCCUGUUUUUUUUUCCGCUUUUUCUCCAUCUAAUGUAAUAAAUAAUCGAAGAUCUUGCUCAAAUAUAACUUCUGCUUUUGUUCAUCCUGGUCCAGAUCUCUGUAGCACAUAAAUGAAGCUUCUCUGAAUUUCUCGCACAGUUCUGUAUGAUUUAAACACUGAUGACCAACAAAGCUUCAGGCUGCGUUCAUGUAAAUAACCAACCAAUCAGACGUCGUCCCUCGACAUCCGCGACCACCCCGAAGUGCACAUUUCUGUAACCGUAAACACGCCUCUGAAGGUUUUAGAUGAACACGUGCGAAACCAUGACACGCAGGGAAGCACGUGUAAUUAUUAUUAUUAUUAUUAUUUAGAGGUUUAAUGUGGAGUUCCUUUCACUUUGAUUUUGCAUGAGAAAUUUACAAUCUGUUCAUUUUCGUCUGUCAAAGAAAAAAAAAGACAUCUUAAUUCCCCUGCAUUCCUUUUUCUUCUUUUCUUGUGUAUAUAAAUAUAUACAGUGUAUUAAGUGUAAGUUUGCGUCAUCAUGCUACACUUUCGGAUUGUAUUUUUAUCUGUUCAGUACAAAUUAGAAGAAAAAAAAUGGAUUUCAUCCUCCUAUUUUGCAUUAAACGAUAGAUUUUUUUGUUGAUGUUAGACGCUAAGAAAUAGUGUGUAACCAGCUCAUAAAAGCAUCCCAUGUACCCGAACCCCGACCCGAACCCCACCCGGAACCACAUCCCUCCUGAUCGACUGUAGCUCAAAUCUCGCUGGAUUUUUUUUUUGCUUGUAUCCCUCGAUAUACUCAGUGCUCUUCUUCUGAAGGUACUGCUCCUCCUUCUACUCUGUAUUUUCUGACUGUAUGAUGUAAUAUAAUGUUUCAAGAAUAAAUGAAUGACCAGUGAUUUUGUUCUUUACAUUCCCUUUAAUUAAAAGGUUUCCCCCAGCAGA